AUGAAUUCAAGCACAAUUGAAAAAUUUGAAGUGAAACUCCAAGAUGUCAACAAAGUGUUUUGUCCAGGCGAUACCAUCUACGGUCAAGUAAACUUAAAGGUAAAGGAGGAUUUGAAAAUCAAGGAAAUGCGACUGGAAUGUCGCGGCGAAGCGUAUGUAAAUUGGCCUGAAUAUUCUGGGAGUUACACCAGAUACCACUAUAACAGAGAGAGAUACUUCAACGCAAUAGAGGUUAUUUUUGGAGAAGGUAAGCUGAUUUACUUCCAAUAUUUUUGUGAUUUGUCGUUCGGCGGUGGUCAUAUGAUACUGGCUUGACCAAACUAAAAUGCGGUCAGGUUAGACUCUGAUUAUCUUGGGAAACGGUCCUUCGAAUUCUAUUGGUGAUUGCAAUAUGGUUCCAGCUGUAACUGUGAAGCCAAGCGAGACUUAAAAGAUCAUAUCAAUAUUGUGUACAAAGUUUUACCCCUCUUUGCGAUCUGCAAACAUUGUAAGAAUAUCCCAUCAAUCGCUCUGAAAUUGUAAUUAUUUGGAGUGGUCAGUAUUGGAGAAGCAGAAUGAAACGUUCCUUAAUUAUCAGUAUAAGAUAGCAUGACACAAGAAACUUAAAACGGGGGAAAUAUAGCUAGGUAAUUAACGAAAACACGUCCACAAGUCCAUGGGGUACUAGCCUAAGUCUGUUAUCAACUAAGACGGCAGUCAUGAAUAUUUUAUGACAAAACUCUUAGCUGAGGUUUUGACAGAACUUCUGACGACGGAACUAAAGUGGCAAUAUUACCAGAUAAUACCAGUUCAAAUCAUUGUGAAGCGACCAUUAAGCGUUGAGCAUUAAGUUUUCCUUUUUUCUCUUAAUUACUUGCCGAUCCAGUGCGAUGUAUUCAUCGUUGCACCAAUUGACUACUAUAGAAAAUACCAUAAGAUAACAUAAUGUUCUUUGUUUGUCCCUCCAAAAUUUUGCAUAACCAUUGUUUUCAGUUUCUCUUGGGGCCAUUUUAACUCCCAAGAGAAACUGACGACAAUGCUAUAUGCAAAAUUUUGGGGUGACAAACAAAGAUCAUUAUGGUAUGUUAUGGCAUUUUCUGUAGUGGUCAAUAUUUCAGUUUGCCUCUAAUUAGAUACAUUGUUCAUGAGGGUUUAGCCAAGAUUGCCACAGAGCAGUUUACUAACAACGAUUUCAUAACAGCAAUUGCUAUAAAUUAAUGGCAAGAAAGCAAUAUUUUUAAUGUUGUUUUUAACUGCCGUUUCUUCGCCGCGAUUUCAGUCAGACACAGUCAUAUUUUUAAGAUUUAUCACCAAAUAACGCACUCGGUUUUCUUGGCAUCGUCUGGAAAAAUUAGAAGACAGAUUUGGCUGUGUUUUGAAAAGGCAAUCUGCGCUUCUGUGACACUUGAACCACUUGAUGCGGUUGAAGAAAAGUUAUUUUCUCUGUUGGUGUCAGCGCUAUUAACAAAACAAUGUUGUUAUCGUACGUCUUAUACAACGAAAUUUGGAAAACAGCUCGUCUUCAGCUGUUGGACCUCUGGGAAGAUCUAGCUUUCCCCACACACUGAAGUCAUCCAAAAUUCCUCUUUCCGACGCUUACUUCAACGAUACUUUUGAAACUGCCGCCACAUACAAUCAUCAUUAUACUUAUGAUAUAAAGCUGUUCGUGCACUGAUGGCGUAGUAAUGCAGUAGUAAUAAUGCAUUAGCAAAACAUACUUUGUGAAACGUGUGAGGCCUUCCAAAUUUAUCAUGACCUUGAUGAAUAGUAAACAAGGAAAUAAGUUAUCUUUGCCUUCAAACAGUGAGUAUGACAGCUACCAUCAAGAUCCCACAGGUCCAGAAACUCGUUUACCCCCACUUGAAGUUAUCUUUCUUUUCGUAAGAAUUUUAGCCAAGAAGCUUAACAGGGAGAUAACGCGACUGACCCGCCGUUUCACGCUCCCGGCGUCGAGGGUAUACACAGCUAGAUCUGGAAGGGUAUUUGACCAAAAUUCAGGGCGGGAUUGGGGAAAACGGACAAUUUCUUGACCGGAUAAGGGAUUUGAUCCUUACUCGGGAAGCGUUAUUUGCCAAAAUCUUCAAAUGGGAUGCGGAAAGGAAACGGCCUUCGGUAUAGAAAUGACAGAAGUCCUGAAUGCGAUGCAGAUUAUCGUGAAAAAAGUAGCGUGAAAUGCGGAAUCAAGCUCCCCUUCCAGACCCAGUUUACAAAGACCAACAUCACCAAUCCCGGCGAUGUGGAAAGUGUCUCCAAUUAGUUUUGUGUCACAGAGUAAUCAGUUCUUGGAACUGUAAGUGUAAUUGUCACUCUCAUAACCGUGACGAUAGUCUGGUUAGUUAAUACUUAUGGCGUUUCGCUGCGGAAAGAAAGCGCAAACAAAACAAUGACAGCUGUUUUAUCUGUUAUGAUGAUGAUGAGGAGGAUUAUUGUUUGUUUUUUUUUUCUUUUUUUAUCAGAAAAAGAGAAAGAGAAAGGAGUAAAAUCAUCGGCUUGCAUUUCUCAAGGAUGUUAUAG